CCUCCUGCUGUCAAGACGCUCCCGAGUCGCCUCCGGCUUUUCCAUGAACUGGUCGCGUCCCGAGUCCGCGGCAGCCAUGAGGUCCGAGUCCUUGAGCGGCGUGUUCCGCCUGUUGCUGAGCGCGGCGCUGGUGUGCGCCUGCGGCGCGUCCGGGUACGAGUACGUGGACUGGAAGCCGGACAGCUACAACGGCGGGCGCAGCUACGGCAAACCCCCGCAGUGCGUGGACAUCCCGGACGACCUGCGGCUGUGCCAGGGCGUGGGCUACACCCGGAUGAUGCUGCCCAACCUGCUGGAGCACGAGAGCCUGGCGGAGGUGAAGCAGCAGGCGAGCAGCUGGGUGCCGCUGCUGCACAAGCUCUGCCACCCGGGCACGCAGCUGCUGCUCUGCUCGCUGUUCGCGCCCGUGUGUCUGGAGCGGCCCAUCUACCCGUGUCGCUGGCUGUGCGAGGCGGUGCGCGACGGCUGCGCCCCCAUCAUGGAGGCCUUCGGCUUCCCCUGGCCGGAGAUGCUCACCUGCGACAAGUUCCCUCAGGACGACGUCUGCAUCGCCAUGACGCAGCCCAACGCCACCGAGGCCACCAAACCCACAGGUUACUCACCCAUCUGCCCUCCAUGUGACAAUGAAAUGAAAACAGACGCCAUGCUGGAUCACAUGUGUGCCAGCGAGUUCGCGUUCAAAGCCAAAAUCAAGGAGGUGAAGCGAGAGAACAUGGAUCGCAAGGUGAUUCUUCAGAAGAAGAAGAAGCUGCUGAAGGCCGGCACCCUGAAAAAGAAGGACCUGAAGAAGCUUGUGCUGCUCUUGAAGAACGGCGCCGACUGCCCCUGCCAGCAGCUGGACAACCUGUCGAACCACUACCUUAUCAUGGGCCGCAAGGUGGACAAGCAGUUCCUGCUGACCGGCAUCCACAAGUGGGACAAGUCGAGCAAAGAGUUCAAAAAGGCCAUCAAGAAACUCAAGACCUACAAGUGCCCCGCCUUUGAGAAUGUCUUCAAAUAGGACUCUGGCUCGGCCCCUACACUACAUGGACUUGCACAAGCAUUCACAUCAUUCUUUCUUCUGUCUUGUUUAUAUCUAUAUAUCUUUUGUAUAUUUACACCUUUGGAAUGUCGACUGUCUUGUUUUAUCAGCAAAUUGAACGCGGGAUAUUUUUCGUAAGAGCCCUUCCUCGAUGAUUCUAAACCUCCAUCUGCCUGUAGAUACUUUGGUCCUCCUCUACUGUGUUGGUCUGUACAGCUCAUAGUUUUGUUUUUUUUUCUCCAAUUCACCAUGUUCUGCAAUACCUUGGUUGAAAUGCGAGGGGUAUUUAUUGAGUCCUCUGCAAAUGGUUCCGUCCCGCAGUAGCCAGAACCACCAGGUGGAGAUCGGGUCGGAUGGAAACGUUGCUUCCGCAGAGCCAGCGAUGAAGACUCCCCUUGUGUGGUGACUCACGGUUUUGACUGAUUCUUUUUCGCCCCCCAAAGACUUCCAUAUCUGCACCCCAACAUGUGCAGGUGUGUCGUCCUGUUGUUUCUGCGGCUCUGCUCUCACUGCAGCAGUCAUUAUUCUCUGGUAAUGGAAAAUGCCCUGCGGCGCUGAAAAAGUGAAAAUAUUGCCAAUUGUGUGCUCUGGUGUGUUUCGCUGGGUGUUGCUGGUCUGUUUUAGCACUAUUUUUGUCUCAUGGUUGGAAUGUCAUGCGAUGAACUGUUGCCUCAUUACAUGUACAUAUAAAUUUUACAUAAAUGCGAAAAAUACAA